GAAUCAGAUCACUAUGAAGUUUCUCUCAGGUUUUCCUAUGCAAUUUGCUUCUCUUCGUACAAAACAAUACUAUCUGUCUCAAGUUCACUGAGUUCACAGUUUAAGUGUUCGUUUUGAUUGGAGUCUUUGUUUUUCGUGUAUAGCGAGUUACUUAUAUUUGAAUGUUUUUUCUGGUUAAAAUAAAUUGAAAUUACCUACCACUGAAAUCGAUGUGCCCUUUUCAACUAAUUAAGCCACCAUUUUUAAGUGUGGAGAUGGAGAUAAGACUCGCUAAACUACAUAAUUUAUGCAAUCUGAAACUAGAAAAGGACAUAAUCAUCUGGGGUCAUUAAUAACUUACUAGAUUGGUUGAGUAAACCCAAAUUGCAAGAUGGCAGAGAUCAACCACUCCAGAACAGGGCAGAGGUUUCAAACACAGACAUUGUUGGCUAAUAAGGGCAGAGACAAACCCCCUGCCCUUAAAUCUUCGAGGACUUCUAGCAAGUUGAGACAGAGAAUAAGGUAAUGUCUAGUGAUCAAAUUUCUUCUUACUCUUGAGAUGGGAAGUUCGUUAGUCUGUUGAUAUUUCUUCUUGUGAUUAUUUAAUUUUAUUAUUCUAGUAACACCUUCCCUUUGUUUCUUUCCAACACUUCCCGAGACAAGAGAACAACAAUUCAGUGUUCAAGCCUUUUGAAUAAUCCAAUUCAAUGUUCUUUUCACUCAGUGAGAACACAUAAAUUAAGCCCAAAUUUUAUUCAGAUGGCGUGGCAGAAACGGAAUCUUGAGGUUCAAAUAGAAAACUAGCUUCAAAUGGCUAAGGAUGGAAAAGAACGGGCUGUGGGAGGGUAUUGAUCAAGUAUACUUACUUUUCUCUGUCUGUAUGUGGGUCUCUUCCACUAUAAAUUGAGAAAGAAAAUUGAAGUUGCUCUGAGAACAGAAGGGGGUUCUUUAUCAGUCAAUGGCCAAGACUCUGACCCAUUUAUUAUCUCUACUAAUUCUCUUCUUUCUGUCAGCAGAAGCAGCAAGAACGAAACUGUACUCAGUCAAUGGCAACAAUGCUGUUUCUUCAUCAUCAAUGGCUGCCAGUGACAGUAUCUGCAAAUCAAUGGUGGAAUCACAAGGCUAUGUUUGUGAAGAUCACAAGGUGACAACAGAGGACGGUUACAUUCUCAGUAUGCAGCGGAUUCCAGUGGGGCGGUCAGGCAAGAAACCCGACAAGCCACCAGUUCUUCUGCAACACGGGCUUCUUGUGGAUGCUGUGACAUGGCUGCUGAAUUCCCCUGACGAAUCUCUGGCAUUCAUCUUGGCUGAUAGUGGCUAUGAUGUUUGGAUUGCCAACACCAGAGGCACCAAUUCGAGCCUUGGCCACACAUCGCUUAGUCCCACUGACGCGGCUUAUUGGAAUUGGUCAUGGGAUGAACUGGUGACUUAUGAUCUUCCAGCUACAUUCCAGUGUGUUUACGAUCAGACUAGGCAGAAGCUGCACUAUGUUGGACAUUCAUUGGGAACUCUGAUUGCAUUUGCUGCAUUUUCUGAAAAGAAGCUACUGAACAUGUUGAGGUCUGCUGCACUUCUCAGCCCGAUUGCUUUCCUUGGGCAGAUGCCUUCGCCUCUUGCAAGAGCUGCAGCUGAUGCUUUCAUAGCCGAAGACUUGUACUGGUUAGGGCUGAACGAGUUCUCUCUAGGCGGGGAGGCUGCUGCAAAACUCGUGAAAGAUAUCUGCGAUAAAACGCAUAGUAAUUGUUCUGAUCUGAUGACUGCUUUUACUGGCAAGAAUUGCUGCGUGAAUUCUUCAAGGACUGACAUUUUUCUUAAUCACGAGCCUCAGCCAUCGGCAACAAAGAACAUGAUCCACCUAGCUCAGAUGAUUCGAAGAGGGACAAUAGCGAUGUACGACUAUGGCAGCGAGGAUGAGAACAACGAGCACUAUGGGCAGCCGACGCCUCCUGCCUACAACAUGGCCAGCAUCCCAAAUGACCUCCCUCUGUUCCUCAGCUAUGGAGGGCAGGACUUGCUCUCUGAUGUGCAGGAUGUGCAGACUCUGCUGGACACUCUCAAAGAUCAUGAUCCCGACAAACUUGUCGUGCAGUACAGGGCAGACUACGCUCAUGCAGACUUUGUGUUCGGUGUCAAUGCUAAGCAAGUCGUAUACGAUCCCUUGGUGGCCUUCUUCAAGCUUCACUGACAAAACUUGUACUGCCAAAUAGAAAAAGUAGCACCAAAGAGUCUGCAAAUUGUCGACAUUAACUUGUAAUUUGGAGGAACAAAUAAAAAUGAUCAUUGGAUCUAAAGUAGUACACUUUACUCAAUUUCUCAGAGUCAAUGAAGGUUUAUUUUACAUAGAAAUGCCCUGUCCAAUGUCUCUAAAUCAAUCUUGCAAAUUAUAGGGUUCCUUCCAUGACAGUACUGGAUUCUAUGAUACUAAACUAAGAUGAUGAGUUCCUCUCA